CAUACAUCUACAAGGAACAAAUUUAUUUACCAGACACGGACGACAUCUAGCGAUACAUAUCAAAACUGCAAGUAUCAGUUCUUACUUCCGGGUUGAAUCUCGUGGGCGGAAAACAGUCUCCAGUGCAAACUUUGACCCCCGGUGCAUCAGUACAGCUGUACAAUUGCAGUCUCGUGAUCUUGACAACUUCUGCCCGUAGGUGUGUAGUAGGUGUUCCCCAGCUUUAGACGGUUUGGGCCUUAGUCAAGUAGAGUUUUAUAGUGACAUGACAAGACUUGACGCCUGGGGAACGUCAUAUUGUCACGAUGGGAGCACAGCUUCUACUGAACACAACUUUGCGACAGACACUAGCCGGGGUGGCGGCGCUGAUUCCAACAACAGAACCGGAUUCAGGCGAGGUUGAGUGCCGUGACUACCACAAGUUGAACUCCAGUAGUCUACAGUGUGAGUUCAUCAGGAACACAUCAGACUGUGGAAUAGAUGAAGGUUUCAUCAACUACCUACUCUUCCCCUACUGCUCUCUGCCAAACCUGGUACCACUGGCUAUGGUCAUACUGUUCCUGUGGUUAAUGGUACUGUUUGUACUACUGGGUGUAACAGCAGACGACUAUUUUUGCUCAGCCCUGAAGGUGAUCUCCGACACUCUGAAACUCAGCCAGAACAUCGCUGGCGUGACUAUUCUUGCCUUUGGAAAUGGAGCUCCCGACAUCUUCAGCGCAGUUGCAGCUAUCACUAACAAUAAUGGUGUGAAUGCUGGGCUUGCCAUCGGAGCCUUAUUUGGUGCUGGCGUGUUUGUGACCACAGUCGUCGUCGGGGCAGUUGCAAUCUUGACGCCGUUUGAGAUGAUGCAGCGCCCGUUCCUCCGCGAUGUCGUGUUCUACCUUGCCGCGGCGUUCUGGACGUGGUGCGUCCUGUGGUACAAGAACAUUAAUCUACCUCAGGCUAUAGGUUUCAUUGGUCUGUAUGUGGUAUAUGUGUUGGUUGUCCUAAUUGGCCGAAAAAUAAGGCAAUCACGUCUCAAGGCAUCUCAGAGCCAAUCAACAAUGCCAACAGAUUUUAGCAACAACUACAGUGUAAACGGGACAGUGGCAGAUGAUCCAGAUGAGGAGUACCUGACCUUCAGACAACCUUCAGGGAAACAUGUCCACCCGAGAAGGGCCGUCAAAGCAGAUGAUUCAGAAAUACCGGUAGUCAGUGAUGAUAACAAUUGCAGCAUCCAAUCACAGAGUUUCAGAGCUGGUAUUCUUGCAGGAACAUUACAGGUAACAGAAGGGGUGACAGUUGGACCAUUGCUGGGGGGACAGGCUGGAGCCAAUCCCACCCUACAGCCUCAGACUAGUGUGGACCUGAGUAGGAACUCCUUCAGCACUUCAGGAGAAAGAAUGCCUCUCCUUGGCAGCAUCAAAGAGGAGAAUAUUGGGAGUGGUGGUUUAUCAGGACUGGGUGCAGAACUAUGGGAGGGGCUGAACCCCAUUGACACAGCAGGGUGGCGCAACAAGGGCACGUUCGGCAAGGGGUACGAAAUCUUCAAGGCCCCCAUUCAGCUGGUGUUGAACCUGACUGUGUCUAUUGUGGACUUUGAAGAGGAUAACCACAACUGGAACCGCCCUCUCAACUGUCUUCACUGUAUCACUGGACCCCUCUUUGUUGUGUUUGCCAUCAAUAAUGGUUUUGAUAAGAUUGGAGGUGUGAUGCCAGUGUGGGCAGUGGUACUGAUGUGUGGAGCACUGCUGGCUGUUGUUGUCUUCUGCACCUCCAACAGUGAAAACUACCCCAUCUACCACUGGGCUUUUGGCUACCUUGCUUUUGUCGUGUCUGUGGUCUGGAUCUACGCCACGGCUAACGAGAUCGUGAACCUGCUGCAGGCGUUCGGCCUCGUCUUCAACAUCAGUGAUGCCAUCCUGGGGCUGACCCUGCUGGCAUGGGGGAACAGUAUUGGAGACUUGGUAGCAGACACUGCCAUGGCCAGGCAGGGUUUCCCGAGGAUGGGAGUAUCAGCCUGCUUCGGUGGACCACUCUUCAACAUGCUGAUGGGCAUUGGUAUCUCCUGCACUAUAGCAACCAUCAAGAGUAGGGACCAUUGGAACUUCCCGCUGAACCGCACGUUACUCCAGUCCGUCUUAGCGGGAUCACUGGGGUUCAGCCUCCUUUCCUCGCUCAUCCUCAUCCCAGCUUCCAAGUUCAAGGUGGGGAGAUGGUACGGCAUCUACCUGAUCGUAGUGUACAUCGCAUUCCUGGGGCUAGCUCUUGCAACGGAGUUUGGGACCUUUGGAGACAUAUAAGUCUGGUGUAGAUAUAGGGUUCAAAUACAGCAAAACACAGGAAUGACAAUAAUUAAGAAUUACAAAGAAAGAAGUAUGUUCAUGAAAAUAGGGAGUAUUUGUAGAAGAACUGGUACCAAAGAGAAUUACAAACUUAAGCUAAGGGCACAACCCGGCAUACGUGCAAUUUGUCCGUACGUUUUUUUGGGGAGGCCACGUCCGCUACGUAUUUCUGAAAACGUUCAGGCUGUACAGGGCAGGCGCGUUGCCUGUACUGGCAGUUACGGGGGGCAAACCUGCAGCCCAAUGGCACACAAAGUUUUGCCUACACGUAAAGUUCUACGGCGUGUCUGCUUGCUCCAAAAUCCGUCGGAUUCCCUACAGAUACCAAAAGAUUGCCCACGUUUUGGCACGUAGACAGCACGUAUUUGCAUGUACGGGGGGGUUGUGCCCUUAGCUUUAACAAAGUAGUGAAAUCACAUUUUGAAUUUAGCAAAAUCUUCAAGAAAAAAGAUUGUAACAGAAGCUUCACCUACAUACUUAUGAAUAGUAGGCUGUCCCAAAAUGCUUAAGUUUUGCCUUUAGAAUCAUGCAAUAUAUAUGAAUGUUGUACAUUCAGAGUUCAGGAGAAAUUAAGAAAUAAAAGAAGAAUGUCACCUGUUUUUCUAUAUUUCAAUGGAAUCCAUUGGUUGACAUUUCCUUUCUAUAUUUAGAUUGAAAAUAAUUCCCUAAUAACUUUUUGAGAGCAACAAUUGAAAGUGUUUGAGACCAACAGGUAACAUUUCGUGUUAAUUUCAUGCACAACUUUCUUGUACAUGUAUAUGACUUUUUUUUGUAACGUUACGUUUUGUAACAAUAAGUGGUGAAGGUUUUGAAGUGCAAUCAGGAUUUGAGACUUUUAUUUGUUACAAUCAAGUUUGUAUAUUUUGAGAUUCUAGUAAAUAAUGGCAGCUUUCUUGAAUGUUGAAGAUGUCUGGCAUUGAUAUGUGGAAGUCUGUAGGACUUCUACAACAACAUAUAACGUGGAAAUAAAUAAAAUAUUCACUUCAAUGUCAGGGUAAACAUUAUUUAGCCCCUAUCCAUAUAAAAUAUUUAUUUCCAUUUUGUCAUGCUUUUGUAAAAAUCCAUGUCUUCAAAAGCUGAUUCUGAGUACUUUUUGAUACAUUCUUUGAAAUGAAUUAUCACUUUAAGUCCAAUAUGAAUGCUGCAACUGUCUUCUGUUUUUGUACGUGUAUUACAAGCAAAAUAUAAAAUGUAUAUUUUCAAAACUGCAAUAUGCAGGGCGCACAAUCUUGCCACAUUUAAGUGUUAAGUAUUCCAAAUACUGUGCAAGGAUGGGAAGUCAUUAUCAGUGAAUUAACAUAAACACAAUCCAAACAUGUAUGAAGUAAGAGGCAAUUGCUUCAGUCUGUGUUUAUGGACAUGUGAUGUUUGUCAUCAAUGUGAUCAAUAAUGUAAUACAGUACUUAUAAUUAUUAAACACUAUUUCGUUUGAACAUUUACAAUGACAAGGUAACUAUCAAUUGAUAAUAAUAAAAGUUGGCAGAUUGAUAACUUGA